CCAGCGGGGUAAGAAUUAGGCCGUCAUUUGGCGAUUUCUUCUUCUUCUACAAUCUCAUGGAGGAAUUAGAAGGCGCAAACCCCGCUAGGAAACACCCAUCACUUCCCGCAAACUAUGUUACGUUGGCGAUGCUCAAAGAGAGAUGGCUCCAGAGGAAGAAAGAGGAGGAGGAACAACUGAAGCAGCAGCAACGGAAUCUGAAACCGGAACCAAACGAAGAAAGCUCAAACGGGUCAAAACACGGUUCUAAACCCGCAAUCCGGAAUCAAAAUCGUCUCCGUGUUGGUCGCGACCAACCCCAUAAGGACCUGCACGGCUCCAUGAAGGAGUACGAGGAGCAUAAAAGCAGCGAUUCAGUGCUGAUUCCAGAAAAUCGGGGUAUUAGUGAAACCAAGACGAAAAUGGGUUACCGGGAAAGAAGAAAACCUAGGUCCCCUGGGAAUGUGGAAUGUCCGGCAAAUGUAGCAGCUCAAAUUGUCUCGAACGAGGAGAAUGGUGGGAAAGACGAAGGUAGUGAGCUUCAGUUGGCUGAAAAUGCGGUUGAAAGGGGUAUUCAAGAGGCUUCUGGAAGAGCACGUAGUGGAAGGAGGAAUGAGAGAGGAAGGUUUAAGCAAAACCGUGAACGGCAGAAAAAAUUGAAGGCUCUACGGAAGGCAGAAGAAGAAUUGGGAGAGAUGGAAAAGAAAGACGACAUAAGGUUUCUUGGAUUGGCCAAACAAGAAGGAAAGGACAAUGGUGAGAAGUGGAAACAAAGUGGAACAGGAAGUUUUGCGAAGAAAAUUGAUAAGAGUUUUCAGGAUUUGUUGUUGGAUGAUAGAAAACAUGCCAAUGUUAAAACCAGGGUAACCCAUCUUGGUGAGAAGAAGGCAGAGGGGAGGGAUAGAAAUGGUGGUGGCCAGCGGCAGAGAUAUUUUAAUGACAGAAAAGUGCCUUCCAGAAGGAUAGGAAAUCAAUUAAUGUGGGUUAAGAAGGGAGAAACUCUGGGUGCCGAUGUUGCUAGUAGUGAGUGAAUUCAUUCCUCAGGUUCAUCCAUGGAGGGAGGACAUAUUCAUACACCUCAUUAGGAAGUCAGCUCACCAAAAUAUGCGAUGUAAAUUAUAUACGUCGUGGAGUACACCUUGUGCACAGAAAAACAUUGCUCUCAUUUAUCUAAGCAAUUGCAUCAGUCGUGUAAAUACAGAAAGGGAAAGAACUGUUAUCAUUUAGUCCGGAAAUGAAUGGUUGCACUCUAGUAUUAUAAUUAUGAUGACAAGCCUCUUAUUUGGUUCAAAUUGGUGAAAUUUUGAUUGCUUUGAUUUGGC